UUUUUUAAUUUCUGUCGACCACGAGACACGAGGUUGGGACCGGUUGGGUUAGUCCGGUUAUCCUAGCAGACGACGGACUGUUAGCAGACAGCACGUAACUGGCGUCGCUCGCGGGCGCUCGGUCGCUCGCGUUUGAAUCGGAGAACUCAAAAUAAGAGCAUUCCGCAUACGCGUCGUAGUGCUCGUGCGGCUUGUGCGUCGAGGUGUGUGCGCGUGAACGCCGUGAUACGAUCGGAUAGAUAGCGAACGGGUGAUCGGCGCUACCGCGACGAUGGAUCCGGAAGCGUUCCUGGACAUGGCCAAUCAGGUCAUCAAGUUGAAAAUGUACCCGUAUUUCGACAUAGCGCACUGCGUGCUGUGCGCGCUACACGUCAGGGAGGAUCUAGGACCCGGUGCACAGGCAUUUUCUCGCAAGCAUCCUUUAUCAUGUUGGCUGUCUACAAUGUUGGUCGUUUUUGCAAGCGGAAUGCUGUGCAAUGGAUUAUUAGGGGAAUCAAUUCUUGCACCUUUGAAAAAUACACCCCAAGUGGUAGUCGCAACUAUUGUUUGGUAUGUGAUAUUUUAUUUACCAUUUGAUAUUGGUUAUAAAGUAGCCAAAUUUUUACCAGUAAAAUUAGUAUGUGCUGCUAUGAAGGAAGUUUAUAGGUGUAAAAAGGUAUAUGAUGGAGUGACUCACGCAGGAAAACUUUAUCCAAAUGCAUAUCUUAUUAUGAUAUUGAUUGGAACGCUCAAAGGUAAUGGAGCUGGAUUCACAAAAUUAUUUGAGCGUCUUAUACGUGGCGUAUGGACACCGACCGCGAUGGAAUUUAUGCAACCUAGUUUUCCCACAAAAGCAUCCAUGGUUGCAUCAAUUAUCUUUGUGUUAGAUAAGAAGACUGAUCUCAUUUCUGCACCCCAUGCUCUUGUGUACUUUGGCAUUGUCAUCUUUUUCGUAUACUUUAAGUUAUCAUCAAUUUUGCUUGGUAUUCAUGAUCCAUUUGUACCAUUUGAAAAUUUAUUCUGUGCCUUAUUCCUGGGAGGAAUUUGGGACGCAGCAGCUAGAUUGUUUGGUCGUGGUCAAGCUAAAGAUGAAAAGGCGGAUACAAAGAAAACAAAUUAAACAACAAAAACAUUAUGUUUUUAUCUUCAGCCAUGAGCUAUAAUUUAUAUUAUAUGUCACAACUUCAUUAAAAGUUAGCAUCGGCUACUUAACAAACGAUCAAGUAAAACUAAUAAAAACUAGUCAACAUAUUAAAAAAUAUGCGUGAUUCUUGACAAAUCAUUAAAUAUUGAAAAAAGGUAAUUUUACACACAUCUCUACAUAUAUACAGAUGUGUACAUACUUUAGGAGUGAAAUUUAUUGAAUUGUUAAAAAGUGUGUCUUAUAAAAAUAUCAACAGUAUUAUUUCAAGUAAUACAAAUCACAAUAGACUCGUAAACGAUACUUUUAAUUUUUUUCAUAAUACACUUUUAAAUAAAUAAAAAUUUUUUUUUCAAAUAUAUACAUAAAAACUUUUGCUGUUCAUUACCAAUUAUAACAACGUUAUGUUUGUGAAUUAUUUAUCUUUAAUUUAAAUUAUCAUUAAAAACAAUAAAAGAUAUAUGAUUUAAUUAGCAAGUACCAAAAGUGUAUUCUUCUUGCCAAUUUUGAUAAUCAUAUAAAACUUGUCAAUAACUAAUUUUGAAAUUUAUUACCAAGUUGUUACCAAAUUUAUAGUACAAUAUGUAGCUUUUAUUAUUAUAUAAAUACAUAUUAGAAUACAUUUUAGCAAUUUGUAGCAUGCAUCUUAAAUUAAUGGAAUUAUUUUUAUUUAUUCAUUGUAUAAUAUUUUUUUCCAUUUAGAGAAGUAAUAAAUACUUAGGAAAAAUUUUAUUAACAUUACUGUUAAAUUACUGCAUUACUAAUUUGUGAAUUCUGUAAAGAAAUAAAAUAUAUAAGAUAUUAAAAAUACAAUAACAUUUAUGUAAAACGAACAAUAAUGAAAAAAUAGAGAAAAAUGUGUUUUUUAUACUAUUUUAUUAAAUUUAAAUACUGAAAUUUAAAUACUGAAUAUAAAUAUUGAAACUGUAUAUUACACAUAUGAGAAUUUGCUUUAAUCUUAUUAAUAGACAUGUAUCCUUUACAAUUAGGAAUACCCAUAUUCUAAUUGUGAAAAUAUACGUUUUCAUGUAAUAAAAUGGUAUUUGAAGUAAAAA